AUGAAUUCUUUGGAUAUAACAAAUGCAGAUCUAUUGACAAGAGCUCAUACUUGUCUUAACAAUCUCAUCUACUCAGUUCACCUCACACCUUGGAAGCUGUACUUUGAUAGAUCAAAAAUUGAUGUAGCUUCUGAGGCAGGGAUUGUUUUAGAGGAGCCACUAGGGAUCAGACACUGUUAUUCUUUCCAGUUAGAUUUCCAAUGCACCAACAACAGGGCUGAAUAUGAAGCUUUAAUCAUUGGCCUUGAAAUACUUGUGGAAUUAGGAAUCCAAUCUAUAGAAAUCUUGGGAGAUUCUAUGCUUGUGUUAAAACAGAUUGCUGGAGAAUACAAUUGUCUAAGUGCUUUUUUAGCGGUCUAUUUAAUGGCAGCCAAAAACCUUCUAACAAAAUUCAGAGAAGCUACUUGGGAACAUAUCCCAAGAGAAGAAAACUUUGUAGCUAAUGAAUUGGCUCAGGUAGCAACAGGAAUACAAAUGCCUGAGGACUGUGUACAAAGAAUCAUCAAGGUAGGAAAGAAAAGUCUACCAUCUGUUCUAAGCAGAGGGAUGGAGAUAGAUGUCAAUUUUGCCAUAAUCACUAAAGAUGAUUGGAGAAAUCCCAUUAUAAAUUACUUGCAGUAUCCAACCCUUCCUUCUGAGAAAAGAGUCAGAAUCAUGACUUUGAACUAUCUUAUGUGGAAUGGAGAUUUGGUCCGAAAAAGCAAAGACGAGGUACUUCUAAAGUGCCUUGGAAAGAAAGAAAACAUGAAGGUCAUGGGAGAAACUCAUGAAGGAAUCUGUGGAGCUCAUCAAGGAGGAAGAAAAAUGUGA